AUGAAUAACAAUCAAUUCCGCCGGCUCCUCUUCGACACCUCUUCUUCAACAAGAUCAACCCCCAAGAGUGGGAAUGCGGACCAGAAAUCCCCAGAGGAACAACAGCAGCAACAGCAGCAACAUGCAGGCUCGACGACCGGCGGCCCCAGCCGUGCACUAGGAUCACGCAUGCGAUCCAGCAUCCCCAUGACACCUCGCUCAGUCACAACCCCCGAUUUCGCGCGCCAACUAGCUGAACACCGUCGCGAGUCGUCGUCGUCGUCGCAGCCACCCAUGAAGAAAUUCAAGUCGUCUGCUGCGCCAAAGGGGACCCGGCUUCCGGCUGGGUAUCAGGAUCGCGCUGCGCGGUUGCGAGGGGACGCGGCGGCGGCCAACGAGGAAGCGGAAGCGGAGUCGGAGACGUCGACCGUCGAGAAAAGGCUCGAGGAGCUCGAAGAGAAGUUUAAAAUGGGAGUGGUUGACGAGGACACUUUUACUGGGCUACGGAGGCAACUUGGGGUUGGUGGGGAUGUGGGCAGUACGCAUAUGAUUAAGGGGUUGGAUUGGGAUUUGCUGAGGCGGGUUCGAGCUGGGGAGGACAUUUCAACGGCUGAAGAGAGGGCGGAUGACGUAGGAGAGAUGGUGGGCGUCGAUGAUGUGGAUGGGGAGUUUGAUCGGGUGUUGGGGGAGAAAGGGAGCGAGGUACUUCCUUCCGCGCCACGGGAGAGGGAGAAGAAGAAGAAAGGGAGUAUGGCGCCACCACCGGGUGUUCCAGCGCAGAGGAAGACAAGGGACGAGAUUCUACGGGAGUUGAAGGCGAGUAGGGCGGCCGCGGCAGGUGGCGAUGCCAGUGUUGGUGCGGCGCCGUCGAGUGAGCCGGCUCUGGGUGAUCGGUUUAAAAGAAUUGGGGGAUCCAAAGUUGAGAAAAAGCGGUUGGUUGAACAAGACGAAACUGGUCGACGGAGGGAGGUUCUUUUGAUCACGGACGCUGAGGGCAAGACGAAGAGGAAGGUCAGAUGGCUGGAUAAACCUGGAGUAUCGGGGGCUCCUGGUGGGCUUCUGGUUCCCGACAAAGAUGCCAAACCGCUUGGGAUGGAGGUACCGGCUGAGAUUGCCUCCAGAGCUAAGCCGGAGGAAAAUGAUGAUGAUGAUGAUGAUGAUGACGACGAUGAUAUAUUUGCAGGCGUAGGUGCCGACUACGAUCCUCUGGGCGAUAUAGGCUCCGAUGAAGGUUCGUCAGACUCAGACUCAGAUGGAGAGAAGUCAAGUCAAGCGAAGAAAGCCCCUGUCAUGGAGUCAGAGGCAAAGGCUACACCGGUGGGCGAGGCCCAACCUCGGAACUACUUUGCAACGACAACUACGGAGGAGGUUGUGGAGACGAAUCGAUUCAACCCACUAACCAAAGAUCCUGUACUUCUCGCCGCUCUGAAGAGAGCUGCUGCUCUACGACAAGGCUCGCCUUCAGAAGAGGGCGCUGGAGAAGCGGAAGACGUCGAUCGCGACACUCUUCUUCGACGGAAGAAAUUCCUGGAGGAAGCUCGUCGUCGCGAAGCACUCGAUGCGAUGGACAUGGACUACGGAUUCGGAGGCAGUCGCAACGAGGACGACGAGGACGACGAGACGGUGCUACUGGAGGACGAGCGCGGAGGCAAGAAGAGGAAGCGCGGGCCGAAGAAGAAGAAGGGCGACAAAGACAGCGCCUCUGAUGUGUUGCAAGUGCUCGAGGGACGGAAGACGAGCUAA